AUGACAAUUUUGGUUACCGGAGGCCGUGGCAAGACCGCAACCCGUUUGGGCGCACUUCUGGACAAGAACAAGAACCCCUUCAUCGUGGCCACCACCUCCACCUCGCCCAUCGGCCAGUAUAAUACAGUGAACUUUGACUGGCUCAAGCCAAAAACCUGGAAGAAUGCCUUUGAUUUGACAGUUUCAGGUGGCCUUGAGCCUGUGUCCGCCGUGUACCUAGUCGGGGCGCACAGUGCCGAAUUCGUCAAGCCCAUGUUGGAGUUUAUCGAUUUUGCGCACUCGAAGGGAGUUAAUCGGUUUGUCCUCCUCAGCGCUUCCAACACCGAGAAAGGCGAUCCGAUGAUGGGGGAGGCCCAUGCCCAUCUCGACUCGAUUGCCGAUGUGCAAUACGUGGUCCUACGCCCGACCUGGUUUAUGGAGAGCCACCUGGAGGAUCCUCAUCUGAGCUGGAUCAAAGACGAGAACAAGAUCUAUUCCGCCACGGGGCAAGGGAAAAUUCCCUUUAUUUCAGUGGAUGACAUCGCGCGAGUUGCCUACAGUGCGUUGACCAACUGGAGAACUGGAAAGGCGCAAGAAUAUCUGGUAUUGGGGCCUGAUCUCCUCUCCUAUGGCCAGGUGGCGGAGAUCCUCAGCGAGCUCCUCGGCCGACAGAUCAUACACGUGUCCUUGGAUGCACAAGAAAUGGUCAAGAUCCUUGUGGGUGUAACCGGAUUUCCCCCGGAGUUUGCGUCGAUGUUGGCCUCGAUGGAGACAGCCGUCGCAGCUGGUUCGGAAGAACGCCACAGCCAGGACGUCGAGAGGGUGACUGGCGUGGUGCCACAGAGUUUCGUGAACUUUGCACGGGAGAACAGGUCUCACUGGAUCUCCAAUUGA